GUCGUCCAGCUGAAGUGGUACAACCCACGCGCAUCAGUCGCUAUGGAGAGCAGCUCCCAAAGAGCGCGAGCCAGUAGCCAGAGAGAGCACGAGCGAGGAGGAGGACGGACCAGAGCGUGCCAAAGCGCACAGACACACAGGAAUCAUGGAGAAACGAGCACCGUUCAGGGGGACUUCGCCAUCUAACAGACUGCGACUCGUCACGUCACUCCUCACCUUUUACGGACUCGCCUCAGGUGUGAGCAGUAACCAGGUGAUUGUUCCUGAGAAAGUGAAUGCAGUGCUGGGGAAGAACAUCACACUGGGCUGCAGAAUAGAGGUGGGCUCCAACCUCACACAGAGCUCCUGGGAACGGCGUCUUCCUUCAGGCACCAUUACCUUGGCAGUGUUCAACCCCGAGUUCGGGACCUCCUUCUCUCCGGACUACAUCAAACGCAUCUCGUUUGUUUCCCCCUCUGUACGAGACGCUACCAUUACCAUUGAAGGGGCUGGCUUUGCAGAUGUCGGGUCCUACACCUGCAAAGUAGUAACAUUUCCUCUGGGCAAUACACAAGCAUCAACCUAUGUUAAUGUAUUAGUGGAGCCAAAGGUCUAUGUGUCCGCCGGCCCCACGGCUCUGCUGGAUGGUGGGAACGAGUCACUGGUGGCUACCUGCAUAGCAGAGCGGGGCCGUCCCGCUGCUGAGGUUUUCUGGGAGACGGGGCUGUAUGGACGAAGUGAGAAGCAAAGUCAGGAUGAGCCCAACGGUACCACCUCUGUACUUGUGCACUACAUGUGGCAACCGCAGAGCUACGCCCAGGGGAAGAAGCUCACCUGUGUGGUGCGCCACCCGGCCCUGCAAACAGAGUUCCGCAUACCAUACAUGCUAAAUGUUCAGUUUGCACCAGUAGUAUCGAUUAUAGGAAUUGACACAAAUUGGUAUGUGGGUCAAGAAAAUGUAAAGUUCAACUGUGGAGCCAAAGCCAACCCGCCUGCUCGUCAGUUCACAUGGACCAGGUUGGAUGGAUUAAUGCCCGAGGGUGUUGAGCAAUCAAACAAUAGCUUUGCUUUCACUCGCCCGUUGGAGCGCAAUGACUCUGGAGUAUAUCGCUGCGAAGUGAUAAACGACAUUGGUCUCCGCAGUCAAGAUGUAAACCUCUGGGUACAAGAUCCUCCCCCGACCACAGCUGCCCCGAGCACAACUGCAUCCCUCCUCCACGACACCUCUGGAACGGUCACCGCUGUGGACCAGCAGAGAGCCCUGUUCACCUCCCCGACCCUGGCCUCCUUGCACGACAGCAGCCUGGGUACCAUAGUCGGCGGGGCCGUAGGCGGAGUUUUAUUCCUGAUCCUCUUGCUGAUCCUCGGUGGGGCCUGCUUCAUGCGACAGCGCAGGACCUUCAGAGGGGACUACUACACCAAACAGUACCUGGGACCCUCCGACAUGCAGAAGGAGUCUCAGCUGGACGUGCUGCAGCCGCAUGAGCUGCAGGAGGUCUACGGGGACAAGACGAGCAAAGGCAGCCAGGAGCUGAAACCCAAACUGUGUGGAGACAUCAUUUACCCCGACUACACCCCUGACCACAAGGAUAGGGAAGACUGGGCCGACAAGGGGGAUACCCACAGGGGCCUCAAGGAGGGAAACUACUACCCAGAUCACUACAACACCCAAAACAUGCACCCCUGCGGGCCUCCUGUUCACAGCCCCACAGUGAACAACGGCUCCCCCUACCUCCCGGAGGACUGUUUUGACAAUGGUACAGAAAGCGACUACGUCUCCCACAUGGACGGAUCUGUGAUUUCACGCAGGGAGUGGUAUGUUUGAGAAGCCGAGGGGGAAGAAAAACAGACAAAUGAACAGACUGACUGACAGAUAUAAAUAUCAUUAAAGGCGUCAUUUCACUUAAAGGAUGAAUUCAAUUUCUCAGCUCAGUUUCACAACGAGCUCUUUGAACAAUACUGCUCUGCCUUGAUUGUAACCACUUAACCUUAAGGACAUGUUUGUGGAUUGUAUUACACUUUUGUAGCAUUUCAAAGAACUACAAAUGAUCUGCAACGCCUCGGUGAUGAUAUCUGUGUAGGCUUAAGAGGCUUUGGCAUACAGUGAAGUUUCAACUGAUGUGAAUGAGGUUUUGUAUUCUGCUUGUUUGUGUUUGCACCUGUCUUUAACACAGGUCAAAGGUCAGGUUUUCCGCUUCUUGAUAGUGAAGUAUUUAUAUCCCUGAGCUCUACUCCCAUAAAACCUCACAAUUUCUGUGUCAUUUUCCAAAUGGUCUUUUGAUUACUUUCAGCGUUUUCAUACUGUUGAAAUGUUUAUCAUGGCUGCAACCAGUAUUUAAAGCAAAUUAUAUUGCAUGAGUUUUCUAAAAGCAAAAUGUAUUUUCUAGUUUAAAGGGAAGGUUUGUUAUUCACAUCAUUUUAAAAGGGAGAAUCAGUCAUUGUUCUGAGGGAAAAGCAAACUGACUGACGCUAGAACACUACAAAGACAAAUCCCUGUAACCCUUUGGUUAAGUUCUGUGGCUUUUGCAAUCUCACAGUAUCUUCUGUAAAUUAUUCAUGCAAUGGUCCGCCUGUUACCUGGCAGCGAGAGCGGCCACUCCCUGUGGACGUACUCACAGAUAUCUUUCUGUUCUUUAAGUUGCGAUCUUUAAUAUUUCAGUCCUGGUUGAUUUGGCGACACUCGUGGUUACCGUAGUAACUGCAUGUGUGGUUUAAUACUGCAGCAAACGCUCUUUGAGCAGCUACUUAACAAGCGGAGCAACAGGUGAAUCUUGUAGAAGAGAAAAAGAUUAUGGUCAUCUGAUAAAAAAAGAAAAACAGACAAUGUCUUGUUUGGAAUGCGCUUUUUUUAAAUGAAUAAUCUCGGUCAGCGCUUAUUGUGAAAAAACCUUUUUUGUUUCCUGCGGGUGCUUCACAAUGAGAGCUUCCCCGUGCUGGAUUACACGCAUGAGCUGUUUUCUCUGAAUCCUUCUUGUUUGGUGUGGGAAUGUUGAACCCUGCCACUACCAAUACAAACUUUAGCGAGAUAAUUACUGCAGGUAAAAAUGCUGAUCAUAAAUGCUCUUAAAAAUGGGGUUGGAUGUCAUGAAAGUCUUAAGGAUUACAACUCUAACCAAAUACAAUACUGUCAUUAGCCUGUUGAAAUGUGUGAACUCGGUCACUUUCUUGCAGUGAAAAAGCACAACUCCAUUAUUCCAGUCGUCGGUGAACAUCAAAGGAAGCCUACUCGGCGUUCGCCCUCCCCACUUAGCCAUGAUAACAGGCUGCAUCGCUGUCUUUUCCAUUUUCCCUCCCCCGUAUCGUCUGAUUUCUGUCCGCACACAAACACCAAUUGGUCAUUACAGUUUUUAUUUUAAACGUGGGAUCAAAGCAGUGAGUUAUAAAUACCAGAUGUGACCAUCACAGCUGUCAUCAUCUGACGUUAUGAGGCUCCAUAAACCACCGACAGUUUCACCCCCCCAACACUCCAGGCCCGCGAUUCAUGACGAUAUAUAAGCAGAAUACUUGUUGGGGGGUGCAGAAAGUCAGGCAGUGUAGAAAAAAGAGCACUAAUAAACUGAUCCUUCAGCUUUAUUUAGUAAGUGAUUGAAGUGUGAUUGCGUAACCUCACAGCCCAGUUGGAAACGUUGUGUGCGGCUGACAUCACUACUGAUCACAGAACAGGCUAUAAUGUUGGGGUUUGGCUCCGCAGCAGCCCCUCUGAGGAUAUACAGCGAUCAUGGAAACUAGAAAUUUAAUCCACGAGUGAAGAAAUUGGUUGAAGAAGCAUCUAGGUUUGAGCUGUACGUAAUGCCUCCCAAAGGGAUGUUUCUUUUUUCCUACAAACAACAAACCCAGUGACGUUCAGUUGAAACAAAAGAGUUGACCUCAUGAAUGAGCUCAUCUCUCACUGCUUCAUUUGACAUUCCACUUUUCCACUUUUUGUUUCUUUUUCUUUUUUUUGUUUCCUCAGGUGAUCAAAGUGGCUUCACAUGAAAGGGAAAACGUCAGUUUUUUGGAAAGAUCCCUGUUUGGUCAAGUUUGUUGCAAGAUGACAGAAACAUAUACUUUUAGUACAAUCAGGACCCGAGGGGGGGUUCUUUCUUAUUGGGGUUUUAUAGAUUGUGGGCGCUUUUUUUCUUUCUUUUUUUAACCCUUCUCGUGUUCCAUGCCAGGGCUUUGGUCGAAAGGAUUAGAUGUCUGAGAAUAAACUAGUUUAAUCUCGCUCUCACUCUCGUUGUCGCACACACGCACCAAUCCACCACACAUCUGCCUCUGCAGCCCACAUUCGAAAAGCAGUCCGCCCCUCAAACCUUCAGCUUUUUAAUUAACUUUUCUUUUUUCUCUCUCUCUCUCUCUCUCUCUCUCUCUCUCUCUCUCCUCGUAUUUGGCAACUAAAGUGCUCACACUCUGUGUCUGCAUGCACACCUUUGUUUGUUAUAUAUAUAUAUGUAAGGCAGAUUCAUAGCUGUCAACCUGCAUCUUAUUUUGGUAAAGGCGCUCCAUGCAAACUGCUGUCUCUGCUCAUCUCGAAAGACAGUUUGACAAAAGCAAAGUGAGCGGAAGUCAUGAAUGUUUUUAAGUUGUUUGUUUUUUAUUCUGUUGGAUCACUCAACUGGUUGCUGGAAGUUAUUUGCUACCUACUACGUUCAUUAUUUCUCAUCACUAAUGUUUUAAACCUGUACAUAAUGCUAAUAGGGUAGCGUAGGAUUAGCAGUUUGAUUUAUACUACAGUACAGUUUGUUCUGGACUCCCCUACUGAAUAGUUGGUGCCUUAGACGGGCUGAACAAUGCACAGAAGCUUUGAAAAACAACAAGCAUUAAUAUAAAGGAUAUGAAUAUCGUCAAAGAGGAGGACCGACUGGUCUGUUACGAUAUCUUCCAUCUUGAUAUUUAAGAUUUGCUGUUAUCAUAAUAGACAAAAGGUUGAUUGUUAUGCCUUAUAUGCUUUAAAAGGACACAUGUAACACGUUAGUUACAGAGUAAUAAGUAAAGAUUCACUGGGAACUUAGACAAGCCAGAUUCAAAGAAAAUAUUGUUAUCCUGUAAAUAUGCUGGCUAUUUUCUUUUUUUUUAAUUAUUAUUGAAAAAAAAAAUCAUUUUUUGUAAACGGUCUGUACAUUUCCCAGAGCAUUAGUUAUGUGCGUUAGAGACACGCAUAUCUCAUAAAGCUGUAGUGGGUGAGCCUGUUUUCACUUCAUUUUAUAUUUGUUCUCGAGAGUUUCAGACCAAUUAUUUUGUAUGUUGUUUGAAUGAUUGAUGUCUCACAGGAAUCAGAGAUGAAAGUGUGGUAGAUUGUAUUAUGUGUUUUUGUUUGCAAUAAAAAACAAAAAUUAUUAUUGCACUC